CAUAGAAACCACUUUUCGUCAACAGCUAAUAUUUUCGCUGCGCGCAGCGAUGACAUUUCUUUCUUUUCGCUCAUGUGCCGCCAUGAUAAAUCGUCGUCUUUUAAUGCAAAAAAUAAUGGCGCACCACCAAGACGUUGAUAAGUCUGGUCGUGGUAAUAGCCCUGCCUUAGCUGUAAAUAAAGUCUUUGCUAAAAACAUUUUAAAACAAAUAGGCGAUCACAAUCGAAUUAAGUCUCAUAAGGAAACUGUAGAUCAUAGAAAAUUUGAAAAUAGCGAGAGAAAGAAACACACACAGAAAAAUCUAAAACCUUUUUCGCCUUUAAAAACAAUGUACAGUGACUAUGUUGCUGAAGAAAAGGAAAUAGAAGGCAAGAAGCUUAAAAGGAAGAUUAUAACUCCAUUUGAACAGGUGAAGAAACUUGUAACAGAUGCUGCAGAGUUUGAUCAAAGUAAAAGUUCUCAGGAGGAAAUGCCACACAAAAUGCUACAAUCCCGAAGAAUUGCACUUAAAAGUAAUCGAAUAACACUAGACAAACGAUUAUUAAAUAACCAUUUAAAGCAUACUACUGUUCAUAAUCGUUUAAAAGAAGAAGAUGAAAUGUGGGAUCAAUAUCGUUUACAAAAGAAAAGACAGGUUGCCUCAUUAAAAUCAAGGAGCGCUAGUAUGGAUGAAAAAAAUGCAAGAUACGGAGGGUCAAUGUAUUGUGACCGCGAAUCAGCCCAUGUAAAAUCUCAAGAAAUUCGCUCGACACGCGAUGAAGUGCCGAUAUUUGGUAAGUGGACUCAAAAAUUGAUGGAAGAAAAAGAAAAAGACCCAGAGCUUUGGGGACAUGAUGGUUUUAAAUCGAUUUAUAGGGAGGACUUAAAAAUUGCGAAAAAAAGAGAAAAGAAAAAGAGCAGCACUAUACGAAUAAGUAGUACCGAAAGCGAAAGUGAAGAAAGUGAAGAAGAAUGUUCAAAUAAAAGAAGACGUGUGGUAAAAACAAUCAGCAGGUCCAAUGACGUCCAAAAACCUGUCACAAGAAAAGUGAGCAUCAAAAAAAUAAUUUUGGAUAAUUUGAAUCAACAUAAUGAAGAUAAAACAAGUCUAAAAAAGAAAAAAAGGACACCGAAAAUUGAACGCAAAAUUCAAGGCCUUCACGCGGAUGAACUGGAGGAGACUGAGAGAAAGAAACCUAUUAAAGUUAGAACUGUCGAAAAAUGGGGACAUGAUGGAUUUAAUGAGCUCAACGAUGGAGGCUGCAGUGAUAGUCCUAAGAAAAAAGUAAAAAGCCUUGCGGUUAUAAAACGAUCCACAUCAUCAAACAUUGCAGAUGAGGAAAACACAAAAGGCGUAAAUGCUAACAAUGAAAUAUCGUCUGCGUCAUCUAAGUUUAUCGAUAACUCUCGUGAAAAGAAUGUGUGGAGGAGAUUACAUGAUGAUAGCGUGAACAGGGAAUCUUUAAAAAACAGUAUCCACGGUGAAGUGCCAAAGAAAAAUGGCAGGUUAGUGCUUUCAAAAAAGAUCGAGCAAAAGAGGUCUGAAAUUGUUCAGCACAUUUCGUCUGAUGAUGAGAAGUAUAUUCGAGAAAAAAAAGUUAAAAAGACAACGAAAAAAAAACCGCGAAAGUAUUUAUCUAGCAGUGAUGAAGAGAGUGAUAUUAGUAGUAGUGAUAGCGAUUCCAGUUUUACAGAGAGUUCUACCGACGAACGUCACAAGAAACUUAAAAAGAAACGGCUAAAACGCACCAAAGUUAAACACACUUUUUCUGAUUACGACAGCGACUUUAAGCCGAAAAAGCGCUAGAUAUUCGCGUAAAGCGUGACCACGACUUUACGACGGAAUGUUACUUUUUAAACUUUUUAAACCUGUAUGAUGAAGUAAUUUUUUUAAUUUUAAAUUUUAUGUUUUUAAAGUAUCUGAGACCUUCUGUAAUUUUUUUCUCAAUGCUACAAUAAGUAGAUGGGAAAAAAGAUUAUUAAAGUGUGAAGCAAAAUUACAUUUUUUUCACACACAUUUUUAAAAAAACACAAAAUUUUGGCUAA